AUGUCCCAAAUGCCCAAGCCCCAGGUACUGCGCAGCACCGCAGAGGAGGCCCUAUGUGGAAUACACCUGCAGCCAUUGCAUUUCUUCUGUGACGAUGAGGAAAUCACAGUUUGCCGCAAAUGUGUCCAGUCUCCGGAGCACAUGCAGCAUGAGGUGUAUGGGCUACAGGAGGCUGCGGAAUAUUAUAGGAAGUUACUCCAGGAAACACUGGUUAUGUUGGAGGAGAAGCUGGAAGCAGCUGAAAGCUUACUGGCUGACGAGCAAGAGAGAAUGUUGAUGAUUCAGGAAGAAGAGCAGAGGUUUAAAGAGAUUGUCCAGGCUGAGUAUAAGAUGAGGUUCCUGUUACUGACUGAACAGAUGGAGCUGCCCUCUCUUAGACAGCCAGCCUGCACAUUUGAAAAGGAUUUGAAAGAAGCUCAUGAGAACCAGCUGAGGAAGCUUAGUACUGAGCUCAAGCUCAAGUCGCAGAAAAAGCUACAGAGACUUAGCCACGUGGGGAGAGAGAACAUGAACAAACUGAAGACGAAUGAAGUCUGUGCUUCUAAGUUCCUCUGCAGCCUCCAGGAGACCAUCUCGGAACUGGAGAGGAAGUGUGGGGAAUCUGCAGUAGCACUGCUCCAGAAUGCAAACCUCUGUUUAGAAAGGGGUGAGUUUCUAUUGUUUCAGAGCCUAAAGCCAGCUCAUAUCACAGACCUGAGUUCAUGCCUGUUAAUAAAAAUGAAGAAGGGACUACUAAAGCUCCAAAGAAAUAUAACUUUGGACCCAGACACAGCUCAUCCUUCCCUUGUCUUAUCUGAGGACCUGAGAAGCAUGAGAUUUGGAGAUACACCACAGAGUAUGCCUGAUGCCCCAGGGAGAUUUGACUUCAGAGCUUCCGUGUUGGGUGCAGAGAGCUUCAGCUCAGGGAGGCAUUAUUGGGAAGUGGACGUAGGACAGGCAACACAGUGGCAGUUGGGCAUAUGCGACUGUACAGAGAUAGCUCAGGCUUCUGGAGAUAAGUUCUUGCUCAUGGGGUUCAUGAUGGGGACCGAUUAUACAUUCUGGGUCUUUCCCCCUUUAAGAAAGGUCUGUCUGAGAACACAAAUGCACAAAGUUGGAGUCUUCCUUGACUGCAGCUGUGGCCAGGUAUCCUUCUACAAUGUGACUGAUCGAUCCCUCAUUUAUAGUUUCUGUGACCUUACCUUCCGAGGAGCUGUUAAACCUAUAUUUUCUCUUUGUAUUCCAUAUGGAGACAUGAGUUCAGACUCUCUGACAGUCUGUCUCCCUUAA